GGGAAAAUAGAAUGGGAAUAGCCUAGACCGCGAGGGCAAAUAAUAAAUUCCUGAUUGUUUGGUGUAAAGGCCAUAGACUGCAGCAAUGGGGAGUCUGGGCCUGAUAUCCAUUAGACAGCUAAGACUGAAUGGCCAUCUGAGCUCAUUGCUGCAGCUGCCAAAUGCCAGGCCCUUGAGUACAACGGAACCCCUAAGCAAGUUUUGGGAGAGAGACAUCCGUGCUGAAUACAAGAAGGAUAGGCCAGUGCUGCCAGACAAGAAGCAAAUCAUCGAAGGUUUCACUGAACUAAAGAAAGAAGUACGCUUAUGGAAGGAUGAGGUGUGGGAUACUUUCACCAAGGAACCACUGUACCUUGUCAGGCCAGGCGAGGUGGACAUGGCUUUCCAGCUGACUAGCGAGGCGGCGCUGCGCGACUGGGUGGUCACCUCCGACCGAGACAAUGACGAGGGCAACAGCUGGGGCGAGCUGGUGCUCGGCAGGAACGGCAAGGCCGUGCUGCGCGGCACGCUCGACACGACGGUGCCCAGAGACGGCUCCAAACAGCGCACAGGCUACUGCAACAUGCGCUGCCUCCGACCGCAGGUUACGAACAUGCUGCUGCAUCUACUGUUGGGAGCGGUGCUGAUCGCGGGAGGCACGGCUGACUUCGAGGAACAGAGCCAGUCGUACCGACAGGAACCAAGAGGUUUUGUGGAAUCACUCACUGAAAUGUUCGGAAAUCUCGGAGACUUUCAGAGUGCGAUUAAUGGUGGCCUGGAACAGGUCAGCGGCAGUCUCAGUGAGGCGUCUCGGUUCGCCUCUCUGGUCGGCGGUGACCUGGCCGAGGGCCUGGGCCCAGCACGCGGCUGGGCUGGAGGUCAGCUCCGCCAGAGCAGCGGCCUCAUCGAGGGACUGAUGAGAAUGCUCGGAGUGGACUCGGACAAAUUGGGAGUUAUGGCGCUGAAUGCGCUCAUCUACCUGGCUGAGUGGAUCACCAACUCGAUGCUGGGAGAAUCGAACACAGUGGAGAGUCGCUCCGGCGCCGCCCUGCUCGAUUGGCUGAUGGACGAAAACGUCGGCCACCUCUCCGCCAUCGUCCAGCGCGCCCAGCAGCCCUCCCUCCCCAAAACCAUGAUCGAGAGCCUGAUCGACCGUACCGGUAACGACACGGCCUGCGUGCAGCUGCUCAUCUGCAAAAUGUCGCCGGUAGUGUGGGGCGCGCAGAGCGCCGUCAAACAGAGCUUCGCGGCGCGCUCGGUAGAUGGCUCUCUGUUCGAGUCGUUCUACCAGUUUCUGCCGUCGAUGACUGACUUUGAGCGGUACAGUGAGAGCUGCGAGGGACAGUUCCCCGCGUGUCCACUGAUUAAUGUAUCAGAUGAGGAUGACUUUGGGAGCGCCAUGUGAAGCAGGAGCUUGGCGGCCUUCGGAGCAGCUCCGGAGCGGCGGGGGAGCGCGAGGGGUGCACGGUCGUUCGACGGGGACCGUCUCCCGCUGCGCUGCACUGAGUUUUGCUGAAGGCGAUUUGAUAUUGUUUCGCAUUGCUUGGCAUUAUUGUGCUAGUUUCGAUGGGUGUAUUUAAGGGUGAUGAGGACAGCGCUACUUGUAGUUGCAAAAUGUUGUCUGACGGUUGUCCGAGUUACCAGUAGACAGGCCUCAAGCUAAUCACAUUGGGGACAAACUGCAGAGUGAACCGUCCCAUUUUCCCGCGUUCAUCGGUACUGCAGUCAUCAUUGAGAUUAUGUCAAGGUGGUUAUUAUCUACAAAAAUCCCCAUCACGAAGGCCGUUUGUGCAAUCUCACUUUGACGUGUAUUGUUAUUUAUUAUUGUGUUUUUUUUUUGUAAUACACGUUAUAUUUG